UUCCAGAUCACCUUCAGGAUUAUGUUGGAAAAGAGGAGGAUUUCUGUGAACAGGAGAGGAAUUCCAGUUUGGACCAAGAGGAACCACAACCUCUGCAGAUAAAAGAAGAGCAGCAAGAACCAGAACAUCCCUGGACAAAAGAGGAAAUCAUGGAGCUCAUCAUAGGUGAGCAGGAAGAGCAGCUUGUUCUGAGGCACGAGACUGAAGAUACAUGCGAGGAACAUUUCCCGUGUUUGAAAUGUGGAGAAAACUUUCCAAAAAAAGAACAUUUAAUGGAUCACAUGAGCACUCACUCAGGCAAGAAGAUUAAUGACUGUCUGUCCUCUGGAAAAAGCUUCUCUCAGAAAUCAGAUCUUGGUGCACACAUCAGACUUCAUACAGACCGCCUGCAGGAUUAUGUUGGAAAAGAGGAGGAUUUCUCUGACCAUCAGCUCUGUGGACAGGGGAGGAAAUCCAGUUUGGACCAAGAGAAAUCUGAACAUCCGCAGAUAAAAGAAGAGCAUCAAAAGCCAGAACAUCCCUGGACAAAAGAGGAAACCAUGGAGCUCCCCAUAAGUGAGCAAAAAGAGCAGCUUGUUCUUAAGCAGACAAUUAGAGAUACAAGAGAGAAUCCUUUCCCAUGUUUGACAUGUGGAGAAAACUUUCUUAAAAAAAAGCAUUUAAUGGUUCACAUGAAAACUCACAAAGGUGAGAAGUUUUAUUGUCUGUCCUGUGGAAAAUUUUUCUCAAAGAAAUCUAGACUUGAUAAACAUAUGAUAAUUCACACAGGUGAGAAGCCUUUUGAAUGUCUGUCCUGUGGAAAAAGCUUCACUCAGAAAUCUAAUCUUGAUACACACAUCAGAUCUCACACAGGUGAGAAGCCUUUUGAAUGUCUGUCCUGUGGAAAAAGCUUCACCUCUAACUCUGAUCUUAAUACUCACAUCAGAAUUCACACUGGUGAGAAGCCUUUUUCAUGUACCAUUUGUAACAAUAAAUUUACUCAAAAGGGUAGUUUGACUUCUCACAUGAGAAUUCACACAGGUGUGAAGCCUUUUGAAUAAGUCACUGCAGUUAGAUGCCACAGGAAUGAACAGUAGAGGUGUUUACCAUGUUUGACUGGUGAUAAAAUGUCCAUCUAGAAACUCCUUCACCUCAUUACAUGAGAAACUCACGGGUUAAUGUCUUUUUUUGAGGAAAGUUUUGAGAUUAAUUAACAACUCUGUUUACAUAGAAACUAGAACUGAUAAGGUGUUAUAUAGUAAAUCUGGUAAAUACUCAGGUCCUGGGUGAAUAUUUGGAAGUGAACAUUUGAAAGUUAAUUAUAUUGGACCUGAGUAAAUUAGAAUUAAAUGGCCAGAAAAUGUUGAAAUUUAUGAUUUCUUAUUUUUUCUGUAAUGAGGGGAAUAAACAUGAUAAAGUGCAACAACAACAUAUUAGUUACAGAUGAAGCAAGUUUGCUGUCCAUAGAACAAGCAAUUGAUAAGUUUAAAUUGUAAAUAUAAAAUCAAGGCAGACCCAUACUGUGCAAUGUUGGCAUGGUGUUGCACAUCUUUUUCUGAAUGAAUUUAUUUAGAAAAAAAACCCUCCAGUUUUAGUUUUUACUUCAAAUUUUAGUUGAAUCAUAAGCUAUCGGUUGGAUAUAUUCCAGAAACAGACUUUUAUUCAGAUGAAAAUAUCCUCAGAUGAAAAUAAAAGCAAAGCUAAGACAGAUUUAAUGAGCUUUGCUCAGUUUUGCUUUUGUUUUUGGAGGAUUUUCUAAGAGAUCAGCUGCAAAUGAUCAGAGUUUAGCUAAUUCAGUGUCUUGUUGGCUUUCAUUAGCAAUGCAUCAAUCAGCCCUGCUACGUGUGUUGUUGAAACCAGGCCCACCAAAACUCCAACUGUUUUUGGCACAGUGUUAGAGCUAUGGUCAAUAGAUAUUAGAAUGAAGUAGAUCAUCUAUAGAGGAGUCUCAGAUGAAGAUUUGG